GGUGUUCAGGGGUGUGGCUGCUGCAGAGCAUCCGGGAGCCAGCGGGAGACGCGCUUUGUUCUGGCCGCAGCCGCAGCCGCCUUAGCGUCCCGGGUCUACCCCUUGCCUAUCUUCUAGCUCUUUCCAUCCAGUCCUUGCAUCUGGAAACACAUCCGAUUCUCCAAACGCUGCGCCCCGAUCCUGACCUGUCCCCUCCCCCUAACUUCCCGCGGGCUUCCUGGCGUGGUAUCCUUCUCUCUCUCUCUUCCUCCGUUGUGCAACCUCUCGCCCCGUCCGCUUUUAGAUCCCCUUUUUCCCAAGGUCGGGGCGCCCCACCAGGCUCCGCCCCGCUCCCCGGACGGGGAUGUCCACCGUGGCCCAGCUCCCAUGGUCCUGACGCUGCUCCUCUCGGCUUACAAGCUGUGCCGUUUUUUCGCCAUGUCAAGUCCACGGCCAGCAGCCGAGCGGCUGGCGGUGCCCGAGCCCGAGGUGGGCUUCGGCGCCAGCCCGUGGUGGGCAGCGGGCGGCCACAGGCCCCGGGAGGUGUCGCCUGGGGUGGGCGCCGAAGUGCAGGGCGCCCUGGAGCGCGCACUGCCCGAGCUGCAGCAGGCGCUGUCAGAGCUGAAGCAGGCCGGCAGCGCAAGGGCGGUGGGCGCUGGCCUGGCCGAGGUUUUUCAGCUAGUGGAGGAGGCCUGGUUAUUGCCGACCGUGGGUCGCGAGGUGGCCCAGGGUCUGUGCGAUGCCAUCCGCCUGGAUGGCGGCCUCGACCUGCUGUUGCGGCUGCUGCAGGCAUCGGAGCUGGAGACACGCGUGCAGGCGGCGCGCUUGCUGGAGCAGAUCCUGGUGGCUGAGAACCGGGACCGUGUGGCUCGCAUUGGAAUGGGCGUGAUCCUGAACCUGGCGAAGGAGCGGGAGCCCGUGGAGCUGGCGCGGAGCGUGGCAGGCAUCUUGGAGCACAUGUUCAAGCACUCGGAGGAGACAUGCCAGCGGCUGGUGGCGGCCGGUGGGCUGGAUGCGGUGCUAUUCUGGUGCCGCCGCACCGACCCAGCGCUGCUUCGCCACUGUGCGCUGGCACUGGCCAACUGCGCUUUGCACGGGGGCCAGGCAACGCAGCGGCGCAUGGUGGAGAAGCGCGCGGCAGAGUGGCUCUUCCCACUGGCCUUCUCAAAGGAGGACGAGCUACUGCGGCUGCACGCCUGCCUUGCCGUGGCGGUGCUGGCGACCAACAAGGAAGUGGAGCGUGAGGUGGAGCGCUCAGGCACGCUGGCCCUCGUGGAGCCGCUUGUGGCCUCGCUGGACCCUGGCCGCUUCGCCCGCUGCCUGGUGGAUGCCAGCGACACAAGUCAGGGCCGAGGACCCGACGACCUGCAGCGCCUCGUGCCACUGCUCGACUCGUCGCGCUUGGAGGCGCAGUGCAUCGGGGCUUUCUACCUCUGCGCAGAGGCAGCCAUCAAGAGCCUGCAGGGCAAGACCAAGGUGUUCAGCGACAUCGGGGCCAUCCAAAGCCUGAAACGCCUUGUUUCCUACUCCACCAAUGGCACCACCUCAGCCCUGGCCAAGCGCGCUCUGCGCUUGCUGGGCGAGGAGGUGCCUCGGCCCAUCCUGCCCUGUGUGGCCAGCUGGAAGGAGGCCGAGGUCCAGACAUGGCUGCAGCACAUCGGCUUCUCCCAGUACUGCCAGAGAUUCCGGGAGCAGCAGGUUGACGGCGACCUGCUGCUGCGGCUCACGGAGGAGGAGCUUCUGCACGACCUGGGCAUAAAAUCAGGCAUCACCCGCAAGAGGUUCUUCCGGGAGCUCACAGAGCUCAAGACCUUUGCCAACUAUGCUACAUGUGACCGAAGCAACCUAGCAGACUGGCUGGGCAGCCUGGACCCUCGCUUCCGCCAGUACACCUACGGCUUGGUCAGCUGCGGCCUAGACCGCUCGCUGCUGCACCGAGUGUCCGAGCAGCAGCUCUUGGAAGACUGCGGCAUCCGCCUGGGAGUGCACCGCGCGCGCAUCCUCACGGCCGCCAGAGAAAUGCUGCACUCCCCGCUGCCCUGCACCAGCUGCAAGCCCAGUGGGGACACCCCAGAUGUCUUCAUCAGCUACCGCCGGAGCUCGGGUUCCCAGCUGGCCAGCCUCCUGAAGGUGCACCUGCAGCUGCAUGGCUUCAGUGUCUUCAUUGAUGUGGAGAAGCUGGAAGCUGGCAAGUUCGAGGACAAACUCAUCCAGAGUGUCAUGGGGGCCCGCAACUUUGUGCUGGUGCUGUCAGCAGGGGCACUGGACAAGUGCAUGCAGGACCAUGACUGCAAGGACUGGGUGCACAAGGAGAUCGUGACUGCUCUGAGCUGCGGGAAGAACAUCGUCCCGGUCAUCGAUGGCUUCGAGUGGCCUGAACCACAGGCCCUCCCAGAGGACAUGCAGGCUGUGCUCACCUUCAAUGGCAUCAAGUGGUCCCACGAGUAUCAGGAGGCCACUAUCGAGAAGAUCAUCCGCUUCCUGCAGGGCCGCUCUUCCCGGGAUUCGUCUGCGGGCUCUGACACCAGUUUAGAGGGUGCUGCACCAAUGGGCCCAGUCUAGCCUGUCCCUGGGUUCCCAACCCCGCUGUGACUCCCAUUUCCAGCAUCCUCCCUAAAGGAAUAGCCUCUCUAAUGGGCCAAGUAUGGUCUCCCUCCUCCUGCCCUGACAGCAGGCAGCUUGAGCAGGGUGGAGGUGUGGUGGGGAGCAGAGACCUUGCUGUGUGUGACAGUAGACCUGGGAGACACAGAGGUGAGUGGGAAAGCAGAACCUACCAAAAGGCAAAGGGAUACCCACGGCCAACCCCAUGAGAACUGUCCUGGCUCUGGCUGGGGUGGUCCUUGUUAUAGGUUAGGGUUGGUGCUGGGGCAGGGCCUGGUGGGGGGCUGCAGGGCACUCAGUCACCUCUAGGCAGCUGCCAUGGGUCUGCUGUAUGAUGGAACCUGAGGCUUAGCUGCGUGAGAGGGUGUGCCGAACCUGCAGUGAGGUUGAGUAGGCUGGCAAAACCAUGGCCUUGGGCUGUGCCCACGCCUUAAGUGUUGUCAGAUCUCAACUCCCAUGGCUCGCUAGCUAUCUGCCACCAUUGUCAAAGACUUGUAAGUGCCUCUUGGCCUGGGCACAAGCAAGGGGCUGGAUCAGGAGGCAGCUGGAGAUGGGAGGCCAGAACGUCCCUGGCUCUCGGGCUAUUUCCUGCUGCCCUGUGGCCUUGCAUCCUAAGCACUCAGUGUCCCCACGCAGCCUGGGCAAGCCCCCAGAUCUGUCUUCCAUGACGGCAGCUUCCUUGGCCUCAUGAGUCAAGGCUUGUCCUUACACUGGCAUGUCUGUGACUGCGGCCAGCUUGGCUGCACUUGCUGGUGCACAGGAGCCUCCUGCUUGGGCUGGGUCUCGGCAGGGGGAAGCCAUAUCUCAGAGCCCAUCUACCCUAUGUCUUGGUGCUGUGCCCUCUGGCUCCUGCCUGCCUUGGCCCAGCUGGCUUCUCCAGACCCUCACCUACCCACGACUACCCACUGGCUUGCUCAGUGGGGAGGGAGUCCAGGCCAUAGCCUGGGCAGAACCUAGGGUUAUCACCUAGGACCACCUAGUCACCUCUCCACUUUGAACACCCUGAUGCUGUUGGUCCCUGGGAUGAUAGUCGAACAGUAAGCCCCUCCAGGUCUCUGUAAUCAUCACAGCAACCCCAUCUGGCAUUAGCAUACCCAUUGCACAGGUAAGGAAAUUGAGUGUCUGAAAGCUUGGGUGAUAACCAGUUUCCCAGGCAGGUCCAGGUCCCCUGUCCAUGGCCAGUAGGAUCUGCCCUCCAGAGAAUCACCCCAGAGGCUACGCCCCACGCAGAGCAGCUGCUUUCCCUGCGCCUCAAGAAUUGAGCUGUGAGAGCUUGCUUAGGUUUGGACACAUGAAGACUGCCCAGGGCCCUAGGGUAAAACCGAACAGCAGUAAAGUAACCCUCUCUUCCUCCCUCCAUUGGGAGGCAAGAACAAAAAGUAGCCCCCUCCUCCAGUGAGGUUGGCUGGAACCUGCCCUGCGUCUUCCCUCCUGGGGGCCUGGGCUUCACAGCACAGCUGGCUCAGUUCCCCACAUCCCAGUGCUGGUCCCA